CGCGCAUACGUCACCAGCAUGCGACCUACAGACAUGGCGCUUGUUUGCUAAUUAUUAGUUGCAAAUACGUUUUCACAGAUUUCUGUAGUUUUAAGUAAAUUUAAGUAGUAUUUCAACGCUGGGAGCUGUGCCGUGUGUCCUAUGCAUCCACUAUGAGUGGGGGUUUGGCACCAAGCAAAAGCACCGUAUACGUGUCGAACCUGCCAUUCUCUCUGACCAACAAUGACCUGCACAAGCUCUUCACCAAAUAUGGAAAAGUUGUAAAGGUUACAAUUGUCAAGGAUAAAGACACUCGCCAGAGUAAAGGGGUGGCGUUUGUUCUCUUCCUGGACAGAGAAUCAGCUCAUAACUGUACUAGAGCAAUAAACAACAAACAGUUGUUUGGCAGGAGAGUAAAAGCCAGCAUCGCCAUAGAUAAUGGGCGAGCGACUGAGUUCAUAAGAAGACGGAACUACACCGACAAGUCGAAAUGCUACGAAUGUGGGGAUACAGGACACCUGAGCUACGCAUGUCCCAAAAACAUGCUGGGCGAGAGGGAACCUCCGAAGAAGAAAGAAAAGAAAAAGAAGAGAAAGGCUCAACAACCAGAGCAUGUUGAGGAGGAGGAAGAAAGUGAAGAAGAAGGAGAAGACCCAGCCUUAGAUAGUCUGAGCCAAGCCAUAGCUUUUCAGCAAGCCCGUAUCGAGGAAGAAGAGAAUAAACAAAAGAAACGAGCGGUUUCCUCCAAAGAGGACCAUGCUCAUGCUUCAACGUCAACAGACUCCAGGAAACCAAGGAUCAAAAAGAGCGCUUACUUCAGUGAUGAGGAGGAGCUUAGUGACUAAUAAUGCACAUGGACUACAGCAACGAGACUAUUUCAUGAAUAUGGAUUUAGUUUUUAAGUUUCUAUGCUUAUAAAAAAAAAAAGGAUUCUGGACAACAGAGUUCUGGUUUUGAACCUGCUGGUCUGCAAGGAGUUUUCAUAUUUCAUGUUGUUCCUGGGUUUCCUUCACAUUUUCCGGCUCACUUCCACACUCCAGAGACAUGCACAGAAGCUAAACUGGAGAUUCUAAAUCAGCCGUGAGUAUCCAUAGUUGUUAAUCUCUUUUUGUUACCCUAAUUUUCACCCAGUGACUCAACCCUGUAUAAUAAAGCAGUUCAGUUAUGGAUGGAUAUAUAAUAGUUCUUGGGUUAAAUCUGCUGCCGUGUUCUGUUUCUUGUUAUAUCAGUCAAUAAAAUAUUUCUUAGUAACAAAACAAA